AUGAAGCCUGCCUGGGCUACGGCCGUGGAGCAGGCAUUGAAGAAAGAUGCUCCGGCAUUGGAGAGAUGGACGGAGAUCGAAACUAUCCUGCAGGAGAACAGGAAGUGCUACAGUCAGGUGCUGCGGCCGGGUCAAGUCCUGGUGCACCCGUCGAAUCGCUCAGGGUUAGGAUUGAAUGGAGCCCAAGUUCACAAGACAGGGGCCCAAGUGCAAUCUGUAGGCUUCAGCUCCAUGGAGCUGAAGCGAAGUGUUUGCAUGGAAAUAUCCACGGAUAGAGCUGUGAGCCAAAAGGCCUUUAGUUUCAACAAACGGCAAGUGGAUAUGAAUGGAGGGCUGCUAGCUGAGGUGCGAGGCGAUGAGCGAUACAUGUCGUUAGCAUGCAGUCACUUUACGGCAUUUUGCCGUGCCUGCAUUGCAGCAUGUCCCUCGGACCAAGAGACGGUGUCGGACAACGGCAAGCUCACGUUGCAGCGAUUGUCUACGGACUUUCGGCAGGCCGUGGAUAAUGGAUGGGAGUGGCUGGUGCUGUCAGCGGAAGUUGAUGCAGUACUGCCCUCGCUGGCCUCCUUCGUUCAGGAAGUCAUGAAUGCAGCCCAAGGAGUUGCAAGAACGGCAGGCGAGCUGGAGCUCGCCAUGGCGAUGGUGACCCGAGCAAAGUUGCUGGCAGAGCAAGGUUUGUGCAUCGACUGGGAUGUUGUGCAAGCUGAUGUAGCAGCCACGGUGCCGGAUGCCUCGCCACAGACCGUGGCCGCUUGCGGGUUGUUCUGCAGAUUCUAUGCAGGAGGAACCGAAGCACCUCUGCUGAAGUUUUUGCACGACUUUUCCUUGAAAUAUGGGGCAAGCAAAAGAUUGGGAGAGGAAUUCAUGUCCACGGUCGCCGGCCUCCGGUUUGCAGGGCAGGAGCGAUCGCAUGCUUUCGCGAGGGCUGCGAUGAUCUCGACGAACCUGACAGCCACAAAAGUGGUAGACGGUGUGGCUCGGCUGCUGAACAAGAGCGAUGUCAGCAGGCUCUGUGUGAAAGGCAUGGAAGAUGCUGUAAAGGAUUGGGAGGAGCUUCUUGCUCGUGCCUGGGCUCACACUCAGAAUGUGACGGAGGCAAGUGCACCUGCCAAGGCAGUUGAGUGCUUCGGCCUUGAGCACGGGUCCUUGGCCAAUUUGCUGACUUUGUACGAACACGAGAUGAGUGGCAAGAGUGCCGGUGCAACACCGGCUGCUGCUACAAAAGAUGGGCCGUCUGAUGCGGCCCCUGCGACCUUGGAGAACAUGCAGGACCCGGCCUUCCUGAUGAAGCUGCAAGGCUUCGCAGAGGGGAACCUGUACAAAGGCAAGCAGAAGUAUCAGGACAUCUGGCCUUGGAAGCUGGAGAAAAUCGGCCAGAGCCACGGCUCUUUCUCGCUGUCUUGCCCAGUGAGCUGGGACAAGAAGGUCGUCGAGGUGCCUCUGAGCGAGCUCAAGAAAUUCUUCGAGCUGUAUAGCGGAGAUGCACCCGAAGUGGUGUCUGACUCUGUGGACCGACUGCCCCAUAAUGCGGAGGCUUGCAGCCAAGAGAGACUCCGAGGAGAGUUCUUCGAGCUCUGCUGCGAGUAUUUCCUGAAGUACUCGCACUGUGAAGAGGAGUUGACCUUUUUGAAGAAUCCCACGUGCUGUCUGUUGGAGGGCAAAGCCAAGACAGGCAAGCUGACGAUCUUCCCCUUCACGGAUCAGAUUUCAAAGCUUGGCUUAAAGCCGGCAGCUGGCAGUGUGGAGGUUUGGCAUUCGGCCACGGGCACAAGCUUGUAUAUUUCACCCCCGGCUGCAGCCGCAAGUUUGCUAUCUGCCUUCUGGCAGAUCCCGGUCGGCUCAGAGCCGAAUCUGGCGACAGUCCUUCUGAACGAGAAGGGCUGGAAGAUUCCCGUUUUGAAGAACACUGCUCCGCUGAAGGAGUGCAUCCUGUACAGGCCGAAGCCUGCCGAAAGUUUGAGGGCCUCGGCCCAAGAGCUGGAUCAAGGAGCCAAGGUUGAUGUCUGCAAUGGAACUUUUUGGCUAAUGCCGCUGGUAAUCGAAAGAAAAUAUGUCCUGAAGCUGGAUGGUGCCAGCUGGACUCUGGGUGACAAGGAGCUAGAAGCAACGGACCAUGGUCCGUUUGUGGUACUUCGUCCAUGGAGCCCGGGCUUGUGCAAGCUGCUUUCUAAGCAGCAUAGCAUAAAACCGCCAAAAUACCCGGCAAAGUCAUCGUUGUCCCAGAGCGAUGUUUAUCUGUCGCUCGUGGGCUCCCGAAACGAUGCCUCCAAGGAGCAGCAGUCCAAGCGGCAGGCAGAGAAACUGAAAGAACAGAGCUCUGGCCUUUUCGGCGGGGAAGACAGCGAGGCUGCUCUAGUGUCUGUAACAGGCAGCUCUCCGAGAAAAGCAGCGAAGACUCGCUUGUCCCGCCGUGCUUCCAGGGAAGCAAGAGCAGAAAAGAAUGUGCUCAAGGUUGCCUGGAUGGAAAAGGAGAUCCGUGUCCUGGAGGCGGGCCAUGUCACGGAUGUGCCCAAAGUCCACUUGGAUGAUAUGGCACUGUUCUUUGAAGCAACACAAAAUGCCGUGCUUACUGCUGACAAAGUCGUGAAAAUCGGCCAAGGCCGCCAGGCUCAACGGACAGGCGACGACAGAAGGUAUUCGCUUGUCAAAAAAGUUGUGAAGUUUGUGCCGGUGUUUGCAGCUGUUUGGGCUCCUGUAGGGAGCCCUUGGAUGCGGGCUGGCCUUUUUUACGAGGCGAAGUCGUCGGCCAUGCCCAAGCAGCGGGACCAGGAUAGAAGGAGGAGGAGCUCGAGCUCAGAGGAUAGAAAAGAACGACGAGAUCCUCGACCACGGUCGAGAUCUCAUGAAGAGUCCGAGGACCAAAAGAAAAAGGAGGAGGAGGAAGGCAACAAAAAGCCAGAGGAGAACGAGAAGAAGAAAGAGGAGGAGGAGAAGUUUGAGGAGGAAACUGAGGCCUCCGAGGAGGCAACUGAGUCCGAGGACAAAGAAAAGGAUCCGGAGGAGGAGCCGGAGGAGGCUACGGCCUCGAAGCCAAAGGAGGCGGCCUCGGAGGCUGCGGCCUCGAAGCCCAGAGUCCCUUCUCUGGAUGAGGCGGCCGCUCGUGAUUGGCCGAUAAGUGCCGCCGGCAGGAAGAGGCUGGAGCAAAAGCUUGCAACAGCCAGGAUCGCGGCAUCCCAGGCAGCUCUCCAGUCCUGGGCAGAAGAAGAGCAGGUGGAUCCAGGAGCAUGCGGCCGCCCGUCGGCAGCACCGAUUGUCGAAGGGCUCAGCAAGGAGGCUGCUGCAGCCCGGGCAAAGCGUCGGUUCCAGGAGCACUGGCAGCCGGGGAGGCAAGAGGAGAGCGAAGAGGAGUCGGAAGUCGCAAAGUGGGAGCUGCGGCGGGAUUCCGGCAACAAGCGCCAGGGAUCCCAGUAUGGAGAGACAAUCUCCCUGAUUGAGCCCGAGGAUGACAAAGAGGAUCGAAAGCCGGUGAAGCUUUUGCCCAGGAGUUUGCCAGCUAAGGCUGGCAAGACCGGCCAGGACACCAAGAAGAAGGGCAGCAAGGCUAAGGGCAGCAAGGCUAAGGCCAAGCGAAAGCGACAGGAGUCGCCGGUACGGGACGUUGAUCACGUCCCAAUGCCGGACAAGAAGGACCCGGAGGAUCCGGAAGGAGGCCCUGGGAGCUACGGCAAAGUCGUGACGAGCUUGUUUCAGAUAGCUUGUCACGAGCUGAGGCACAGGGAGAAGAAGGGACUCUCCACGGAGAUGUUCCGGCAUUUGCUGUUGGUGCGGAUCCUCAAUCGUCUGUCACUUUUGCAGACAGAUGGUGCAGAGCUGCAGAUACCCAGUGUCGAUUUUUGGGCUCUGCUCCAAGCUGCUAUCUCGGAUGCCGAGAGCAACUUUGCCCGAUAUUUUUGGGCGUGCAUCGACAAGAAUCCCCCGAGCCCCAGCAAGGCAUGGCGGCUGAUCCUGUAUACGGACGAGAUCGUCCCGGGUAAUCCAUUAGCAGUCCAGACGAAGAGAAAAAUCUGGGCUUGCUAUGCCUCGUUCGUAGAACUUGGAAGCUAUGCAUUGCAGCACGAAGAGUCGUGGCUUUGCAUAGGAUUGCUCCGAUCGAGCCUGAUGGCCAAGGCCGAAGCAGGUGUUUCUCAAUGGAUCUCGAAAAUCCUGCGAGACAUAUUCAUGCGACCGGCCAACCAUUUGGAGCACGGGUGCAUAUCGUUGCAGCGACCAGGAGGUCCGCCCGUCCUUUUCCGGGUGGUUUUAUCAAUGAUCGUUCAAGACGGUGGUGCCCAUAAAGCUCUAUGGAGCUGCAAGGGGGAUGCUGGGACCCGCAUGUGCAUGCUAUGCAGGAAUGUAAUUGCACAGCGAUGUGAUACCCUGCACAGCAGUGGGCUCCCCGUGGUCGGUUCCUCUGAGAUCCGAGAAAGUAAGCUUUCACUUGCGACCGACCAAUCCAUCCAGGAGGCCAUGGCUAAACUGGCAGAGAAGAAGAUGCUUCUGAAUGCUGCAGAUUUCAGCACGUGGCAGCAAGCCACCGGCUGGACUUAUAAUAGUUCUUCCCUGCUGCAACAAGAGGAUCAACGAUGGCUGGUCCGGCCGGUCUCACAGUAUUGCCACGACAGCAUGCACACCCUGCUGGUCUCCGGUGUCUUCCAGACAGUGACCUGGCUUCUUUUGGAAGCUUUGCAGAAGCAGUUUCCCAAUGUCUGGGAAAUCGCCGACGAGUACGUGGCCAAGUGGACCCUGCCCCGGAACAUCUCCGCCAAGGCCGAAGGGAUGCUGGGUCAGUCCCGAGCAAAAGCAUGCAAGGAAGCCGAGACCUUUAAAUGCACGGCCUCCGAAGGCUUGACACUGUCUCCAAUAUUGGCUUGUUUCUUCAGGCAGCUCGCCAGGGCAAAUGCAAAUGUUGAGGCAGUGCAAGCGAUCCAAUGUUUCUUGCAGCUGGACAAACUCGUGGCAUGCUGCCAGAGAGCUCGCACUGAGGGAGCGGUUUCGCCCGGCCAGAUGAGAAAGCACGUUUCCGAUUUCUUGCAAGCAGUGCAUGCUGCUGAGUGGCAGGACCGCAUGCAUUCCAAGUUCCAUUGGCUUCUCCACUUCGGUUCGCACCUGGAAAAGUGGGGUUUCAUGGUUCAGUGCUACACUCACGAAAGAAAGCAUCGCACUAUCAAGAGAUUCGCCGAGGACAUCAAGAAGACUUCUGCUUACGAGCAGGGUCUUCUCCGAGAAGUUCUUGGACAAGAACUAUAUUGCUUGGCAAGAGCUGAUUGUUUCGCAGCGAUGCUGCAGUUGCAGGACCCGAAGCCAGCUUCUCGGAGGAAGGCGGCAGCACUUCGCACAAUCAUUCCGGAGCUGACCUCGGCACAAGUGCUUAAUGUGGCAGAAAAAGUCAGGCUGCCCUCCGGGGAACGGAUAUGUCGUGGCGAUGCGGUGCUGCUUGAAGGGAACGGUUGCUUGGAGUGUGCCCUUGUCUGGGCAUUCGUGGAACUGGCAGGGCAAGCCUACAGUGUUGUGCAUUCCAUUUCUUCUCUGGUUUGCGAUGACCUCGUGGGGGAGUGCUUCGGUCGAUGCUUUGAUGAACAGCUGGUGCACCCGGAUCUGAGCUUCGAGAGCACCCUGUCAGGAAAACUGCUUGAAAAAGUUGAAGCCAAAGUUCUGGCAACGGCCACGGCUGCAACACCGCCGCCAGAAACUAUAUAUACGCCGAAGCGAAAGGAGGAAAGCAAGCCGCAGACCUUGCUGAAGCCGGAGAACUUCAUCACGGUCACUGAGUGGUCUAUGCUGGAAAAGGCGCCAGCCGGCCUGGCCUUCCUCUUGGCACUGGCAGCCGGCGAGCUCAGUCAGAUGCCGACAUAUGAAGAGAUUUACGAAGAGGUCCAAGUCUUCAAGAGACCCCAGCAGCUUGCCGAAGGCUCUGUUCGACCGAGCCACAAGGCUGAGGACCCGCCCAUGGGCAAAGACGUGAGGGCUGGGAUCUGGCUAGCUCACAUUCCGAUGCGAUCUACUUCCAAGCUCUUGCAGAAGAACAAGAAGCAGAGGCUGCCGAGGCCAGAUGGCAAGGCCGCCGUGUCUGAGCAGCAUGCGGACGAGUUCCAGAGCCGCAUGGACCAGUGCUUCGGGCGACUGGAAAGACUGCUGGACCAGGGCUGCGGUCAGAAUGCCAUCCAGGAUGGUGGGCGAAGGGAGCUGCAGCUUGCUGCAGGCGCCAAUAUCUUGCAAAGGACCCCUGGACGGAACUCCAUCACAGGAGGCGAGCUGAGCAGCAGCAGUGCCGGGGUCGGCUUUGCUCUGGGCAACCCAGCCCAGGCGGUUUCGGCUGCGACACAGCAGACCUCGCCAGGGCGACAGUCGGCCUUGCAGCUAGCCCUGCCUCCAGCCGAAGAAGCCGAAGCAACGGAGUCGCUCCCUGCCGAGAACGAUCUCGAGGACGAAGAUUUGUUCCGGAAGCUCAAAGAUCGCAAAGCUGGGAUUCUGAAGAAGCCGGCCGCUGCAGCUGCAGCGAGUGGCCAAGGCUUCUCGGAGCAGCAAGUGGUAGAGUGCCAGCGAGAGGCCCACAGAGAGGCCAUUCUGCUGUGGAAGAAGAAGAACGGCUGCUAA